AUGGCGCUGGGGACGGGACAACCGGGACCGGGAUGGGGACGAGAUAACCGGGACCGGACCGGGCUGGGGACGGGACAACCGGGAUGGGGCUGGGGACGACCGGGACCGGACCGGGAUGGCGCCGUAGGAGGGGACAACCGGGACCGGACCGGGCUGGGAACAACCGGGACCGAGCUGGCGCUGAGGACAACCGGGACCGGGACCGGCGUCACCGGCGCCGUUUCCCGGUCCCAUCCCGCCGCCGCCGCGAUGCUGCUGCUCCGGGCCAUGGCCGGCCGCAGGCUCCCGCCGCUGAUGCGGCUGCCCCGCGGCUGCUCCCGGUUGGCCGCCGGUAGUGCCGCCCCGGAGGGACACCGGGGAGCGGCCCCGGCCCCGGAGGGACACCGGGGAGCGGCCCCGGCCCCGGGAGAGCACCGGGGAGAGGCCCCGGGGGGACACCGCGGAGCGGUCCCGGUGCUGGCGGCGCUGCUCGGGCUCGGGACCGUCCUGGCCUACGGAGAGCGGCGGCGGAGGACCGCCGAGGCCGCCCAGGCCCCCCGUGCCCCGCGGUACCCCCGUUACACCCGGGCGGAGGUGGCGCAGCACCGCAGCCCGAGCGAGCGCGUGUGGGUCACGUACGGCACCGAGGUGUUCGAUGUCACCGAAUUCGUGGAGUUACACCCGGGGGGACCGGACAAAAUCCUGCUGGCGGCCGGCGGCGCCCUGGAGCCUUUCUGGGCUCUUUACGCCGUCCACAGCCAAGCCCAUGUGCUGGAGCUGCUCCGUGACUACAAAAUCGGCGAGCUGAGCCCCGAGGAAGCCUCGCCGCCACCGGGCGACACCGGCGACCCGUUCGCCGGUGAUCCCCCGCGGCACCCGGCGCUGCGGGUGAACAGCCUGAAGCCUUUUAACGCCGAACCUCCCCCGGAGCUGCUGACCCAAAGUUUCCUGACGCCCAACGAGCUUUUCUUCACCCGUAACCACCUCCCGGUGCCCUCCGUGGAACCGGGCUCCUACCGGCUGCGCGUGGAGGGUCCCGGUGGCCGCGCCUUGUCGCUGUCGCUGGCGGAGCUCCGGCAGCGCUUCCCGAAGCACGAGGUGACGGCCACGCUGCAGUGCGCCGGUAACCGGAGGUCGGAGAUGAGCCGGGUCCGCCCGGUGAAAGGCUUGGCGUGGGAUAUCGGUGCCAUCAGCACGGCCCGGUGGGGCGGGGCGCGGCUCCGCGACGUGCUGCUGGCCGCCGGCGUGCGCGACAACACCGGCGACAACACCGGCGACAACACCGGCGACGACCGCGAGUGGCACGUGUGCUUCGAGGGGCUGGACGCGGACGCCUCGGGGACGCCGUACGGGGCGUCCAUCCCGUUAAAACGGGCGCUGAGCGCCGAGGCCGAGGUGCUGCUGGCGUACGAGAUGAACGGGACGGAGCUGCCGCGGGAUCACGGGUUCCCGGUGCGCGUGGUGGUGCCCGGUGUGGUCGGGGCGCGGAGCGUGAAGUGGCUGCGGAGCGUGGCGGUGUCGCCGGCGGAGAGCCCGAGCCACUGGCAGCAGAAGGAUUACAAGGGUUUCUGCCCGUCCGUGGAUUGGGAUUCCGUGGAUUUCGGGGCCGCUCCCGCCAUCCAGGAGCUGCCGGUGCAGUCGGCGAUCACCGAGCCCCGGCCCGGGGCUGCCGUGCCCGCCGGGGAGCUGACGGUGAAGGGAUACGCGUGGAGCGGAGGAGGAAGGGAGGUGGUGAGGGAAUUUCUGUGA